AUGGAUCCAAGUGAGUUUGCCAUUUCUGCAGUCCCUUUGCAACAUACCCCUUAUGGCCCCCUGGUCCCCGAAAAAAUUGUAGGGAAGAAUAAAGGAAAAGUCGCUGUAGUUACCGGGGCCGCACAAGGUAUCGGGAAGAGUAUUGCUGAGGCCCUUGCCAAUUCUGGAGCGAAUGUUGCCAUUUUGGAUUUGAAAGAUGCUUCCGAGACGAAGACAGCCUGCGAAUCAUUGAAUGUCAAGUCAGUAUACUAUAACUGCGAUGUCACGGAUGUCGCACGUAUGAGGACGGUGUUGGGAGAUAUCGAGAAAGAGUUAGGAGCUGUUGACAUUCUCGUGAACAAUGCGGGUAUGACCCGAGGUCGGCCUAUUUGUAUGGAUACCUUCGAGGGAUACUGGAGAUGUUUUGAAGUCAACUGUAAGAGUGUAAUGAGCACCAUCUUUGCGGUCCUUCCAGGCAUGCGCGAGCGUGGGUCUGGGACCAUCAUAAACAUAUCUUCCCGGGCUGGGACACUCGAUUGUCCGCUCGCACUAGGCUAUACGGAUAGUAAAACUGCCAUCAUUCGUGCUACAGCAUCCAUCCAAGAAGAGUUGGAAGCGGAUGGUCUUGGAGACAAAAUUCAAAUGUUCUCUCUGCACCCUGGAGGCGUACCAAGUGCGCUAGGAGCAUCAUCAUUUCCAGCAGAUGUCGCCGGGCGAUACCCAGCGGCCGCAGAGAUGAUGAAGGAGUUUCACAAGUUCCUGAAGACUGACCCAAGUCUUUGCGGGAUGACCUGUGCUUAUCUGGCCACCGGCCAAGCAAAAGAGUUGAGAGGUAUGUACUUUGAUGUGCGACAAGAUAUUGAGCGGGUUGCGUCGAGAGGAAGGAGCGCCCUGCGGAAAGCUGGCUUGUACACCUUGAAGAUUGACUUCAUAGAGGACUAUGCCAAUGAGAUAUAA